GGAUGGUCCUGGUCACACAAUAUUAAAGAGACCGAUCACUAAGAGGACGAGAAGAGUGUCUGAGACAUCCCUUGCAAUUAGGAAUAAACCAGACUUGGUAGCAUGGGGCAUUGAUUGCUGGUGCCCAACCGGACCCUCCUCCCCUCUCCCGGUUCCUCCCCCACCCCACACGAGGCAGGCUCCCGCGGCGGCCGGGACCUCACGUCCCGCAUCGUGGCCAGGGCUGCAUUUUUCAUGAGCCCGGGGUGAACAGGUGUGAAGUGCGCUGGGAGCAUCCGGCCGACGGCCGGGCACCGGGAACAUGGAGAGCGAGCGCGACAUGUAUCGCCAGUUCCAGGACUGGUGCCUUAGGACUUACGGGGACUCAGGGAAGACCAAGACGGUGACCCGUAAAAAAUACGAGCGGAUCGUCCAGCUCCUCAACGGCUCCGAGUCGAGCUCCACGGACAACGCCAAAUUUAAAUUCUGGGUCAAAUCGAAGGGCUUCCAGCUGGGCCAGCCGGAUGAGGUCCGAGGGGGAGGCGGCGGCGCCAAGCAAGUGCUCUACGUGCCGGUCAAGACCACGGAUGGAGUUGGUGUAGAUGAGAAGCUGUCUUUGCGGCGAGUAGCUGUGGUUGAAGAUUUCUUUGACAUUAUCUAUUCGAUGCAUGUGGAAACAGGGCCAAAUGGAGAACAAAUUCGAAAACAUGCUGGACAGAAGAGAACUUACAAAGCAAUUUCAGAGAGCUAUGCCUUCCUACCAAGAGAAGCGGUGACACGAUUUCUAAUGAGCUGCUCAGAGUGCCAGAAAAGAAUGCAUUUAAACCCAGAUGGAACAGAUCAUAAAGAUAAUGGAAAGCCUCCUACUUUGGUGACCAGCAUGAUUGACUACAACAUGCCAAUUACCAUGGCCUAUAUGAAGCAUAUGAAAUUGCAGCUGCUAAACUCACAGCAAGAUGAGGAUGAAAGUUCAAUAGAAAGUGAUGAAUUUGACAUGAGUGACUCAACACGGAUGUCAGCUGUGAAUUCUGAUCUUAGCUCCAAUCUUGAGGAAAGAAUGCAAAGUCCCCAGACUCUUCAUGGCCAGCAAGAUGGUACCCUGGGCUCUCUUAUUUUCCAAAGCUCCAGGUGCUGUUUUCCCUUGGGACUCAAAUACAGAGUCUUUGGUUCAAAUGCUAUGGUACCCAGGCUGAAUCCUUGAGAGAAGAACCUUCACCAGGGCCUGUGAACCUGAAGGCCAUCCCCACAGCCUACACACGACACUACGUAGCGGGUGGUUCCCACACGCCAGCAGCCACUCAGGAUGGAGCAGACCAUGUUGGAUGAUUCUGCUGCAGAGAGCUUUAAUGGCAAUGAGACUCUGGGGCACAGUUCAAUUGCUUCAGGGGGAACACACAGCAGGGAGAUGGGAGACUCCAACAGUGAUGGCAAGACUGGGGUGGAACAGGAUGAACAGCCACUGAAUCUGAGUGACAGUCCCCUCUCUGCACAGCUGACUUCGGAAUACAGAAUAGAUGAUCACAGCAGUAAUGGGAAAAGCAAAUAUAAGAAUCUUCUAAUUUCUGACCUCAAGAUGGAACGAGAGGCGAGAGAAAAUGGAAGCAAGUCUCCUGCCCAUAGUUACUCAAGCUAUGAGUCUGGCAAAAAUGAGAGUGUAGACCGAGGCGCCGAGGACCUGUCACUCAACAGGGGGGAAGAGGAUGAAGACGAUCACGAUGACCAUGAUGAUUCUGAGAAAGUUAACGAGACGGAUGGUGUCGAAGCAGAACGGCUGAAAGCUUUUAAUAUGUUUGUCAGGCUGUUUGUAGAUGAAAACUUGGACCGAAUGGUCCCAAUCUCUAAGCAGCCCAAAGAAAAGAUCCAGGCUAUCAUUGACUCAUGCAGGCGACAAUUCCCUGAGUACCAAGAGCGUGCCAGAAAACGUAUACGUACUUACCUCAAGUCCUGCAGGCGGAUGAAAAGAAGUGGUUUUGAGAUGUCUCGACCUAUUCCUUCCCACCUUACUUCAGCAGUUGCAGAGAGUAUCUUGGCUUCAGCCUGUGAGAGUGAGAGUAGAAAUGCUGCUAAGAGGAUGCGUCUGGAUAAACAACAGGACGAGUCUGCUCCAGGGGACAAACAGUGUAAACCAGAGGCAGCCCAGGCCACCUAUUCAACGUCAACAGUUCCGGGCUCACAGGAGGUCUUAUACAUCAAUGGAAAUGGGACCUACAGUUACCAUAGUUACAGAGGGCUAGGAGGAGGACUGCUAAACCUGAACGAUGCUUCCAGUAGUGGACCCACCGAUCUCAGCAUGAAGAGGCAGCUGGCAACUAGCUCGGGCUCCUCCAGCAGCUCCAGCUCCAGACCUCAGUUGAGUCCAACAGAAAUCAAUGCCGUGAGACAGCUUGUCGCAGGAUAUCGAGAAUCAGCUGCAUUUUUAUUGCGUUCUGCAGAUGAACUGGAAAAUCUCAUUUUACAACAGAACUGAGUCAAAUGAUGACCAUAUUCACUGAGUUCUAAAUUUGCAGUUUCCACUAAUGACAUUUUGAUUUCCCAGCAGAGAUACUUCUGGUCUUACUGCACAAUCUUUUAAGAGAAAUACUUCCAUUAUGCCACAUUGUCCUUGAUCCAUAAAGUGAUGUGUUAAGGUGCUUCAAAGGAACUUUGGCCUCUGAAGCACUUGAGAUACUUAAAUUUGUUCAGCCUAUUGCUUUUUGUUUUAAUGUGUCAGCAUAAGUAUCAUGGGCAAAAAAAAAAAAAGAAAAGAAAAAAAAGGCUGCGUAUUCUUAAUUCAAGGAUAACUCAGAAGAAACUUGUGGUAUWAAAAAAAAAUAGUUCAAGAUCCAACUGAAAUAUUAGUGGAAUUUGCUACUGACUCAUUGGACUGAAAGCAGAAGUAUCUGGCAAAAAAAAAAAAAAAGCCAAAUUUCUUGUUGCUACAGGAUAUAACAACAAUGAAAAGGAUCUUGUAUUUUAAAAGAAAAAAAUAUGUAAUUUUUAUAAAAAGAAAACUUGUUUUUCAUUCAAAAAUUGUCAUUUUUACUUUGGUAACUUUUUCAUAGGUCCUAAAAGAAAACUGUUUUGAAAAAAUUACUGUAAGUACCUUUUCCAUAUCCCUUUGCCUUCUCCUCUUUCCAAAUUCUUUCUACAAAAAUAACACUUGAUGCUGGAAAACCCCUUGCCUACGUUCUUUAAAUCGUCACAUCAGGAACUACUUCUAUGAGAAGCCUGCAUUUCUGCACUUAUGCUGAUUUCAAAAAAAAAAAAAAACCCGCUCCAGAUUGCAGCUUUACCAUACCAGUUUUCAUCACGGGAUUUUUUAAUAUUAAAAAAGACGUGCUGAAAAAAAAUCACACCUUGGUUUCCUUAGAGCUGCUCACUCCUGAUUGCCGCUGCUGUCUUACCAAGCACCCCUCUAGCAGCAAUUGGAUGUAGAUGACUGAAUGUUGAGGUUGCAAGUGACAAUCUGAAAAUUUGCACUCGUGUGUAGGUUUUCUUUUCRUUUUUCUCUAUCAGAAAUAGUUUCCAAAAAAGACUGUUAUGUCUGCUGAUAUGAUUUGUAUACUUUACAGUUUUAGCUAAAAUAAAGAACUCUCAGCAGAUGCAGCUGCCAAUUACAAUGAACUGUUCCCUUGGGGCUCCCUUCUUUCUUCUUUUCUAGCAUUGGAGACACAUGAGUGGUGUUUUCUUUGUGCACUUGAAGCAAGCCUAUUUUAAAACUAUUUAGAGAGAAAUACUUUAGUUUAUGCUUCUUGUAUGAUUAUUUUUUUUUCUGUUGUUUCGCUUCGGUUGGAUUACAAAUUCUUUGUGCAUUCCUGAAUUUGCCUUAUUUCAUGUAAAUUUCGUGUCAUUCGGUUUUUGACAAUGAGUUGAAGGCAUCAGUGAUAUUUCUUACCUACUUGUUACAUAUGGUUUCUCAAGUAAUGACUGUGAUUGUGACCAAGUAAUGUGCACCUUUUCUUGUAACUGUGGACAUUGCUAUGCUUUUUUUCUUCUAGUGUUUCUAGAAUUACUGUUCCUUACAGUUACUUAAACAAACAAAAACAAAAACAAAAAAAAAAAAAAGAAAACUUUUGUGAUACUGUUGGUGAAUAUAAUGUGAAAAUCUUAUUGAAAUAUGAGUAUUUUGGAAAUACAUAGAUGCACAACAUCUUUUAAGGUGUGAAUUUAGAGUUUGCUUAUUUAAAUGAAAAUUUAAAAAUUGAGGGCUGGUAUAAUUUUCUCUGUUUUGUUUGGUUUAAUAAACAGAUUUCUGUGUUAAAA